AGGCUGGGAGGGAGGAGCAGCUCCGCUCCACAUGUCUGCCUGCUCUUAUCAACUUAUCAUAUAAGGAAGCGAAGUGAUUGAUUCGGGUAGCGGAGCUCUGACUCCUUGGCACGGCCGCGGCGAGAAAGCUUGCCGGGGGCUGCCGGCGCUCCCCGCAUCUGACAGCUCGGGGCAGGGCGGCGGGACAGGAGCCGGCGCGCCUCCAGCUAGCGAGCGGGACAGUGAAAAGCCCAGCCCGCCCUGCCGCGGGCGGCACAUGGCCCCAGCGCGGCCGCUCAGCGCAGGUUAGCCCGCUCCGCCUCCGCUCGCCAGCGCCUGCAGCUCGCUCGGCUCCUCGGUACCGACCGCCGGAGGUAAAAUGCAGUUGACUGCCUACUUCUUCUGGGGAUGCGGGAUUUUCCUAGCUUCAGGAUACAACUCCUUCAGUAGGAGCAUGGAGACGAUAGGCAAGAAGCAGUACCAAGUUCAGCACGGGUCAUGCAGUUACACCUUUCUUUUACCCGAGACGGACAACUGCCGAUCUUCUACUUCUUACGUGUCCAACGCAGUGCAAAGGGACGCACCUUUAGACUAUGAUGAUUCAGUUCAAAGACUGCAGCUACUUGAAAACAUCAUGGAAAACAACACUCAGUGGCUAAUGAAGCUUGAGAAUUACAUCCAAGACAGUAUGAAGAAAGAAAUGGUAGAGAUCCAGCAAACUGCAGUGCAGAACCAGACUGCAGUAAUGAUUGAAAUAGGCACAAACUUACUAAAUCAAACAGCUGAACAGACCCGCAAAUUAACAGAUGUUGAAGCACAAGUAUUAAACCAGACAACCAGACUUGAACUUCAGCUUUUGGAACACUCUCUUUCAACAAACAAACUAGAAAGACAGAUCUCAGAUCAGACCAACGAGAUAACUAAGUUACAAGAAAAAAACAGUUUUCUAGAAAAAAGAGUCCUUGAGAUGGAAGAUAAGCACACCCUUCAGCUGAAAUCAAUAAAAGAUGAAAAAGAUCAGCUUCAAGUCCUAGUAGCCAGACAGAAUUCUAUUAUAGAAGAACUAGAAAAACAGUUAGUCACAGCUACAGUAAACAACUCGGUUCUACAAAAACAGCAACAUGAUCUGAUGGAGACUGUUCACAACUUGCUUACUAUGAUAUCUACACCAAAUUCUAAGCACAACUUCAUAGCUAAAGAGGAGCAAAUCAGCUUCAAAGACUGUGCUGAAGCCUUCAAAUCUGGACUGACAACAAGUGGAAUCUACACAUUGACAGUUUCAAACACUGUACAAGAAAAGAAGGCCUACUGUGACAUGGAAACUGGUGGAGGAGGUUGGACAGUUAUUCAGAGACGUGAAGAUGGCAGUGUGGACUUUCACCGGACAUGGAAAGAGUACAAGAUGGGAUUUGGUGACCCUGCUGGGGAGUACUGGCUGGGAAAUGAGUUUGUUUCUCAACUGACUAAUCAGAAGCGUUACGUUCUUAAAAUACACCUGAAAGACUGGGAAGGAAAUGAGGCAUAUUCACUGUAUGAUCACUUCUCUCUGGCAACUGAAGAACUAAAAUACAGGAUCUACCUUAAAGGACUUACUGGGACAGCAGGCAAAAUAAGUAGCAUAAGCCAACCAGGAAAUGAUUUUAGCACAAAGGAUGCAGACAAUGACAAAUGUAUUUGCAAAUGUUCACAAAUGCUAACAGGAGGAUGGUGGUUUGAUGCAUGUGGUCCUUCUAACCUUAAUGGAAUGUAUUAUCCACUACGACAGAACAACAAUAAGUUCAACGGUAUCAAGUGGUACUAUUGGAAAGGCUCGGGAUACUCUCUCAAAGCCACAACUAUGAUGAUUCGACCAGCAGAUUUCUAAAUGCUUUUGCAUGAUGUGAAUUAUGCAUUGUAUAAUCUUCAAAGACUUCAUUUGCUGAGUAUAUAAACACACAUCUGCAACUUGUCUCAUUUUCAAGCCCAGAAAACACGCGCUAGUGUUCUGAAGGGAUCAUGUUCAGUACAAUCCUUAAUUGCAAUAACCUUGAUCAGCUAAAUCUCAUAUUACUCAACCACACACAAAGUCCAAAGCAUCAACCUGAUAUAAAACAACUGAAUAAAAAGAACAUCCAAAGAACUGUUGCACAACUUAAGGACUGUGUUUUAUUGUUCAUUUAUGUUAUGUAUUUGUUAGUAAAUAACUGGAACUGUGAAAAAUACCUGCAAUAGUUUUAGAAAUAUGCAUUUUGCCUCACUGGUGAACUUUCAACAUUACUUCAGUAUAAAACACUUAAUUAGACCUAGAACUAUUUAUCUCUGUGUCAUGUUUGCCUUUUAUGUACAUAAAAUAUUGUCUUGUAAUUUGUUCAAUACUGUAGUUAAAGAAUACAUGCUUUCUUCUCA